AUGCGCGAGCUUGAGCGCUUGAAGGAUAGCCGUGAUGUCAGCCUCGCCGUGACCCUGGCCAUGAUUCACGCACACAAAAAGGCCAAGGAUGUUGACCGAGAUGCCAUCAAGGAGCUUGAGACUCGCGUGAAGGCACUGGUCAAAGAAAGCGGCGAAGUGGGCCUUCACCAGGGGGCCCUAGUCAUGUGGCACAUUGGCAAGCACGACAAGGCGCGCGAUCUUGCCGACAAGCUUCUCAAGCUCAAGGGUGACUCGUGCGAUGGCCUUGCUCUGCGUGGGUGGAUUGACUUGACAAGCGGCCGUGAAGCGCACGCCAAAAAGGCUGGCCGCUACUUUGAGGAAGCACUCAAGCCCUUUCAAGAUGAUGCCAACAAGACCCAUCUCGAGGGGCUUCUUGGUCUGUGUGCCUUUCACCAAGCCAUCUCGCUCGAUCUCUCGGCUGCUCUUGAUGUCAUCAACAAAGCUGUUGUCCUUUUUCCCAGCUUCUGCCCCGUGCAUGAGGUCAAAACAGAGAUUCUGAUGGGAUUGGGUGAUUGGGAAGGUGUCAAUGACGCCAUCCGUCACUGCCAAAGUGUGGACAGCAAUGCAGUCCGUGCCCUCUAUCAUCAAUGCCUCUACACUCUGGCCAAGCAGGGUCGCUACGACGACGCUGCUGGCAUGCUCGGCCAGCUGAUUGCCCAGCUCGACGCCACGGAACCCAACAAUCACGAGGCAUUCUUCAUCAUGAGCCAGGCCCCGGCUCGCUUGGCCGGUCGUCACUCACUUGUCUUGCAGCAAACUCGCACCAUGUUGGAUCGCGCCAUCAAGAUUGCGGGCGAGACUGCCAAGCUUCUGAAUGAACAAGCACUGCAGGUCUUCCGCCGCGAUCACAUUCGCGAGGCUGGCAAGACCUACAAAAAGGCCAUGGCGAACGAUGAGACCUCAGUCGACGGCUUGACCGGCCUCAUUCUCUGCCAAAUCCUUGUGGGCCAACUGGAUGAUGCCGAGCAACAGAUUGACUUUCUGCAAGAGGUGCAGCAGACAACGGGCCGCACUGCUCAGCUGGCUUAUCUGCGUGCCCUCCUGGCCAGCAAGCGUCAGCAGAGCCCACAGUCGAUUGUUGCACUCUUGGAUGAGGCCACACAAUUGCAUUUGGAAGCCUUGAAGGGCCAGGCCGUGGGGCCUGAGUUCUACCUCCAGCUUGACCCCGAAUUUGUUCUGGAUCUGGUCAAGCUGUACCUGCAGUACUGCCCAAGCGAGCCGCCAGCUCAGGGCGACUCGCCAACCCCCGUGCUUGCCAAGGCCAGCAAGCUCCUUGAAUUCUUGACCAAGCACGUCCCCGGCUGUGUCGAGGGUCUCUACCUCCUCGCACGAGCCAAGUACCUGAGCGGUUUACUCACGGCCGCCCAGUCGGGCGCGCAAUACUGCCUGCAACUGAACAAGGGUUAUGCCGAUGCCCACCUCCUCAUGGCCCAGAUCCAGCUGCAGCAGAACAACCUCGCCUCUGCCAACCAGUCCCUGCAAGCCGGCCUCAGCAUCAACUUUGAGGUCCGCGACAUGCCCAUGUACCACGUCAUCAACGCGCGUGUGCUCGCGGCUGAGGGCAAGCAUGGGGAAGCCAUCAAGGCUUUGACCACCGCCAUGGCCCUGCCGGGCGUCAAGCGCAGCUACCAGACUGUCCAGGGCGCCAAGAAGAAAGUCCGCAAGACCAUCACCAUGAGCGACCGCGUGACCGUCUUCCUCAGCCUUGCCGAGGCGUACGAAACCACGGGCAACUCGGAUGAAGCCCAAAAGGUCAUUGCCGACGCCAAGUCGGAGUUUGAAAACACCCCCGAGGCCGUGCGCAUCACCAUUGCCGAGGCCGAUCUCGCGGUCAAGCGCCACGAGGUGGACAGCGCACUCAUGUCGUUGCGCUCCAUCACGCCUGACAUGCCCUACUUUGUGCAGGCCAAUGAAGCCAUGGCCCAGAUCUAUCUGCACCAUCGCAAGGACAAGCGCCAGUACGUCGCCUGCUACAAGGCCAUGGUCGACGCGGCGCCAACUUUGCAUGCGCGCAUGCUGCUCGGCGAUGCGUACAUGGGCAUUCAAGAACCGGAAAAGGCCAUCACCGUUUACGAGGCAGCCUUGAAGGAGGAUCCGCGAAAUGGUAUCCUGGCCUCCAAAAUUGGUAAUGCAUUGGUUCGCACGCACGACUUUACAAAGGCCAUCAACUACUACGAGUCGGCCGUGCGUGGCGGUGGUCAGGCUGCUCUUCGCAUCGACUUGGCGCGCCUGUAUUUGAAGCUGAAGCAGGUCGACAAGGCCCAAAAGGUUCUCGACGCCGCGCUCAACCGCGAGGAUAAGCAGCCCGAUAGCCUCGAGAGCAUGAUGCAGGACGUCUCUUUUCAUCAAAUGCAAGCUCAGCUCCAUCAAACUUCGGGCAACGGCAGCGCAGCCGCCACUGCCCUGCGCGACGGCCUCAGUCUGCAGCGCCGUGUACUGGCUCGCGUGAGCACGGAGCAACCCGAGUCGUUGAAGGAACAACAGCAACUGGCCGCUACCAUCUGCAUGGCACUGGCCGAUCACUCCAUGGAGCAGAAGGACACAAGUGCAGCUAUCGCGGCCUACAAAGAUGCUCUCAGUUAUAAUGAGAGCAGCGGCGAGGCCAUGCUGGCCCUUGCCCAGGUCCACAAGAAGCAAGGCGAUAUGGAGGCUGCACAGUUCCAACUCAGCACCCUCCUGCACUCGAACAGCGUGGUCAACGAGGAGGCCAAAACACAGGCAGCCAUUGACAUGGCUGACAUCAUGUUUCGCAAGCAUGAAUAUGAAACCGCCGUCUUUCAUCUCCAGCAGCUCCUGGAGCGCAACCCAGAGCAGUACCGGGCUCUGGCCAGCAUGAUUGAUCUGCUACGCCGCACCGGCAAGCUCGAGGCCUGCCAGAAGCACCUUGCCGCAGCCGAGCGUGCCUGCGAUCGUCCCGAGUCCCACCCGGGCCUCGCCUACUGCAAGGGCUUGGUGGAACGUUGGCAACAUCGCCCCAACUCUGCACUGUUGCACCUCAACAAGGCUCGUCGCGAUGCUGAGUGGGGGGUUGAUGCUCUUUACGCCAUGAUCGACGUGUGCUUGAACCCGGAAAACGACACGGUUGGCGGCGAAGCCAUGACCAACAAACCCGAUCAAGAGGCACUUGAAGUCGGUGCCCAGACAGCGUCCAAGCUCAUCAACGAGCUGCUUGCCUUUAACGAGGGCGAUACGCUGCGCUUCAAGAGCCGUCAAAACCACAUCCUGUUGAUGCGUCGUAACAACAAGGAUGACUUUGAGCGAGCCCUUCAGGGCUUUACGCAGUUGGCCAAUGUUUAUCCCGACCACGUGGCGCCUAUCCUGGGUAUUGCGCGAGCCCAUGUGCUGAUGCGAAACGCCCCCAAGGCCCGUCAACAGUUGAAGCGCGUGGCCAAAAUGGAUUGGUCGCACGAGGAGGCCGAGGAGUAUGAGGGAGCAUGGCUCUUGCUGGCCGACCUGCAUGUCAGCAACGGCAAGUUUGACCUGGCGCAGGAGCUGCUCAAGAAAGUACUCCAGCACAACAAAUCGUGCAGCAAGGCCUGGGACUACAUGGGCUACAUCAUGGAGAAGGAGCAAUCUUAUCAGAACGCCGCCGAGCUCUAUGCCAACGCUUGGGAAUACAGCGGUCGUAACGACCCCAGUACUGGGUACAAGCUGGCCUUUAAUUAUCUCAAGGCCAAACGCUUUGUGGAUGCCAUUGAUGUGUGCCAUCGCGUACUGGAGGUGAAUCCGGACAUGUCAAAGAUUCGCAAGGAUGUUCUGGACAAGGCGCGCGCUGGUCUGCGCAUGUAAUUGCGCCCGCCCGUGUGCCUUCGUCCAUUCUGCUGUUGAUGCAUGCGCUGCAUCACCCUGCGACCGGUCUUGGUAGUUGGGAACCAUCUCGACGGUUUUCGUUGUUCUUGUUUCUAUGUCACAUGACAUGGUAUGAACGCCCAUCUGCGCCGAUGGUCAUGAUGGCGUCGCAACUUUCCAGGUUGAUGAAAAGUGGUGGUUUAAUGUGUUCUUUAGCUCAACCACGCCAAAAGUGACUGUUGAUGAAC